UCACAGGCUGGAAGUGAUGGUGAAAGCAUAGGAAACUGUCCCUUUUCCCAGAGACUCUUCAUGAUUCUGUGGCUCAAGGGAGUAGUGUUUAGUGUCACAACCGUUGACCUGAAGAGGAAACCAGCAGACCUUCAGAACUUGGCUCCAGGGACUCAUCCACCCUUUAUUACCUACAAUGGUGAAGUGAAAACAGAUGUGAACAAGAUUGAAGAGUUCCUUGAAGAUGUCUUGUGUCCACCCAAGUACUUAAAGCUUUCACCAAAGCACCCAGAAUCAAACACUGCUGGAAUGGACAUCUUUGCCAAAUUUUCUGCAUUUAUCAAGAAUUCCAGACCAGAGGCCAAUGAAGCUUUGGAACGUAGCCUCUUGAAAACUCUGCAGAAACUGGAUGAGUAUCUGAACACUCCUCUCCCUGAUGAGAUAGAUGAGAACAGCAUGGAGGAUAUCGCAGCUUCUACCCGCAAGUUUCUGGAUGGCAAUGAGAUGACGUUAGCAGACUGCAAUCUGCUACCUAAACUACACAUUGUCAAGGUGGUUGCCAAAAAGUAUCGCAAUUUUGAUAUUCCCAAGGAAAUGGCAGGGAUUUGGAGAUACCUGACCAAUGCCUAUAGCAGGGAUGAAUUCACCAAUACUUGUCCCGGAGACAAAGAGAUUGAAAUAGCUUACAGCGAUGUAGCCAAGAGACUCACUAAUUAAACAGCACUUGCAAAAAGAUGACUUCUCACAUAUUCCAUAACAGAAUGCUUCUCCUAACAGACUGCUCUUUUGCAUAUAAAAUAAGUUUAUUUUGCAUGAAUUUGCAGUUAUUCAAUGUUAUGUUGGAUAGAGCAGGUACAGUAAUUACCUAAAAUUUGCAAAACAGGAGUAAUGAGGCUUGUUUUUCUUUACCUUCUUUAGCAGCAAAUAUGAAGAAGCAAAUAUGUAUCAUUAAUACAAUCUGUUUAAUGUUGCAUUGGGGUACCUUAGACAUCCCAGCAUAAAGGGUUAUUUUCCUCCACUCCUUUUCUUUUAUCUAUUACCUGUAGCUAAAACUUGCAAACUUUUGGUCCAUUUCUGUGUAGACACUCUUUUGAAAUUCACUAAUUGGUCCACAAUGUUCUCUUGGUAUAUAGUACAAGAAAUAUUUAUGUAUUUUGGAAUUUACUACUUCUUAAAGAUCUGCAUGUAGGAUAAAAUAGUUAUCUACAGCAUACUGAUCUGUACCUGCUUGUCUAUCCCAGCCGUAUACCAAAGGAUCUUAUUUCCAAAAAAGCCUUUUGCAGAAUACUUGGCAAUAUAUUUUUUUAAAAAAACAAGGGAAAAAUACUGUUAAAUAACUGUUGGAUUACAAACACUCUUCCACUCCCUUUGCCCCCCCCCCCCCCAAA